CUUGUGCAAAGCCACUUCACUCUCACUACUAGUUCACCCUCCACACCAGCCAAGCAGCAGUAGCGAUGGCUCCCAAGCGCCGCGGCAGCAAGGUGGUGAGCUCCGUCGUCAAGACCAAGACCAAGGUGGUCGAGGAGACCGUCCAGGUCGCCACCGCCAUCCUCCCCGACUCCGCCACCCAGGACGUCGACGACCAGCCGGAGGUCGUCGACGUCUCACGCUCCCGCGACGUCCGCGUCGAGGUCGUCACCACCCCCGACGCCACCACCACCAAGAAGCAGCCCGCCGCCAAGAGAGGAGGCGCCGCCAAGUCGCCUGCCGUGCCAGUGGUGGUGCCGGUCUCACCUUCACCGGAGGUCCAGCCGGCUGGAGGCGACGGCGCGCCCAAGCCGCAGCCGGAGGAGCAGCAGCAGGGCAAGAGGAGCAAGACGCCGGCGUCGCUGCAGAGCCAGGAGACGCAGGAGGAGCCCUACGCGUACCAGGACGAGACCACCAAGAAGAGGCCGGCGCAGGAGGACGGCGAACCCAUGCCGGAGGGCCCCGAGACGCCGACGCAGAAGAGGGCCAAGACGCGCAAGGCGGAGGCGUCGGCGAGGAAGAAGAUGUCGUCGUCGUCCGCAGCGGCGGGAAAAGGAACAGGGAAAGGACAAGGCGGUCGCCGUCGUCGGCGGCUGGGCGGCAACAAGGUGGACAUGGGGUACAAGGCGUACGUGUACCGGGUGCUGAAGCAGGUGCACCCGGACCUGGGCGCGUCGGGGAAGACGAUGCAGGCGCUGGACAUGAUGAUGGCGGACAUGUUCGAGCGUCUGGCCACGGAGGCGUCGCGUCUGGCGCAGUACGCCGGGCGCGCCACGCUCACCUCACGCGACGUGCAGAACGCGGUGAGGCUGGUGCUCCCCGGAGAGCUCGCCAAGCACGCCAUCUCCGAGGGCACCAAGGCCGUCACCAUGUACAUGUCAUGAACUCUUAACUCAACUGGAGAUCCAUCUA